UUUUUUUCAAAAUCUUUGCUCUUAACCGGCCGCCUUCCGUGCUUACACAUGCAUGAUUGCUAUGUCAGAGGAGAGAGAGGCAUGUCUCCUCCCUCUAACAGGAAACAACCAGCCCAUAUCCAAUCUCUCCCUCUCCCUCUCUCGCCUGUAAAUCUUCCAGUCCACCCUUUUGCUCUAUAUAUUAACAGUCUCUUCGUUCAUUUUGUCCCUCGCCUUCUCAUCACCCAAUUAGUUUCUGUUUUCUUUCACGUUACUACUGCCACCACUUACAAGCCAUAUAGUAGCUGCUGCCUGCCUCCUCGCACGAAGCUCUGGAACCAACAACCUUUGAAAAGGGCACAGUAUAUUUCGAAAACAACCAUGGAAAGACUGAACUCCAAGCUGUACCUGCAGAACUGCUACAUAAUGAAAGAAAAUGAGAGGCUGAGGAAGAAAGCACAGCUUCUCAACCAGGAGAACCAAGCACUGUUAUCUGAGCUGAAGCAGAAACUCUCGAAGCCCAACUCAAAAGGCAAUGCUCCCAAUGAUACUAUACCUGACCUCAACCUUAGCUCCAGUUCGGCCCCAGAUCGUGCCAAUUCCGGCUCUAACUGAUCCAGCAGAAUAGAUAAUCAUGACCCCACUAAGGCUUGCUUGCCUUUUUUGUGUAAAACCGUAGUCCCAACUUCACUAGUCGUUUGUGUCUCAGUUAUAGAGGACAGUAGUGAUAUCUCUCUAGCAGGGAUACUUUUUUUAUUUCUACUUCCUUGUCUAUCAUAUGUUUCUGAACUAGAAUUAAGGAUGUAUCAUGCAGUGUGCUAGAAAGGAAUAUAAUAUAAUUGUAGUUUUACACUUAA